AUGAGUGACAGCAAUGUGGAGCAGCAAAUUAACAUCAAAUUGUGCGUGAAAAUUGGCAAAUGUACAAGUAAAAUGUUAGCUCUGUUACAGCAGGCUUAUGGUAAACAUUCCAUGAAGAAAUCAAGAGUUUUUGAAUUGCAUAAGCAGUUUAAGGAGGGACAGGAAGAUGACACAAGAAGUAGGCAGCCACCAAUGCAAUCAGCAGAUGCAAAUCUGGAUACAGUAUGUACCCUCGUAUGCUCAGAUCAAACAUUGGGUGUGCGAAUAAUGGCAGAAGAAUUGAACAUGAACAUGGAAACAGUGCGUCAGAUUCUAACAGAGGAUUUGGGAUUUAGAAAAAUGUAUGCAAAGAUGGUGCCUUGA